UCCGCGCGACGCAUCAGCMGGGGGGGAGGGACAACGACACUGCGUUCUCCAAAGAUAAAAACAAUGCCUUAUCUGUGAACUCAAACAUUCGCCUUUCCCCGCACCUGCCUGCUGUUCCACCUGCACCGAACGCGUUUUUUUAGACAAACGCCCCUGAACACAGGGGGAGUUUUGGUUUCUGUUGUUUUUUUGCGCAACGAAGAGCGCACUGCAGAGAGAGAGGGACGCAGCAUGCACUGUCAGGCCGAGCUCAGGCUCUCCUCCCCCGGCCAGCUGAAGGCGGCCAGGCGGCGCUACAAGACUUUUAUGAUCGACGAGAUCCUCUCCAGGGAAACUUGUGAUUAUUUCGAGAAACUCUCUCUGUACUCCGUGUGUCCUUCUCUCAUUGUCCGACCAAAGCCUCUCCAUUCAUGUUCGGGGUCCUCGUCGCUGCGUGCCUACCCCCUCCUCUCAGUCAUCACGCGGCAGCCGCCCAAUUUGCAGGCCCACCUGCCGCAGCCGUCCUCCCCUGGCGCGGUCCACUCGCACCUGCCCCUCAUCUCCCCCCAGCCCCCGCGUGGCUCCGAGCCCUCGCCCAGCCAGACGCCGCUAAGCAUCAGCAGCGAGUCGGAGACGGAGCGCAGCACGCCGCGCCUGAAGAAGCCCCGCCGCAGCCGCACCAUCUUCACCGAGCUGCAGCUGAUGGGCCUGGAGAAGAAGUUCCAGAAGCAGAAGUACCUGUCCACACCUGACAGGUUAGAUUUGGCUCAGUCUCUUGGCCUCACACAGCUUCAGGUCAAGACGUGGUACCAAAACAGGCGCAUGAAAUGGAAGAAAAUGGUGCUUAAAGGAGGUCACGAAGCCCCGACUAAGCCCAAGGGAAGACCCAAGAAGAACUCCAUUCCUACUACGGAGGAAAUAGAAGCCGAGGAGCUGAGGAUGAAGAUAGAAGAGGAGGAGAGGAUGAGGAGGGUGUCCGAGGAAGCAUCGCUGGCUCAAGGAGCGGUAGCAUCUCCACUGGAACCUGAAGAUCUCAGUUCAGAAAGUCACAGUCCGUGCGGAGAAAUGGAGGGACCUGAGCGGGAGCAGCCACUCCUAAUGUCAGAAACUCACUCAGCCAGCUAAACGAGAACAAAAYCAACCAAAGACUAAUGCCAACCUGACAACAAACAGUGCCUCAGGAUCAGUGUACAAAAAGCUUGUUGGAUACACAUCAGUAGUACCCAGUCUUUACCAAGUGCAGCCAGCCUUGUAUUUUUUUUAUGUACUGGGUUAAGUAUUACACAGAAUCCUAAGUUUAAUACACACUGAUUGCACUGGUAAUCCUGUGACCUUUGGUCAGUAUGACAAGGAGUGUAAAUCUGUCAAAUCCAAACAGGUCAGUCAAGCCUUUAUCAAAACAUGUGACCUAUAUGACACAUUCACAUUUUUGUGCUUUUCACGUUUGAGGGAUCUCACACUCUCAGCGCUCAAAGCUGCCAAGCAUCCAGCACUGCCUUAUUGUAGCGUCUCUUUGUAUUAGAAACCAGUUCGCUGCCAAAAAAAAGCUGUAAGGUCAAAAAGUUACAGUGCCUUGUUGGUCUCAGAGGAAAACUUUUAACUUGUUGGUAAAACAGCCAUGAAAUACAGUAUAUUUUUUACAACAAAGUGCCAUAUUUGGAGAUCAAUUUUUAUUGUUAAAAGAAAACGUCCAUGUUGAGAUUAUACUGUGUAGCUUGUAGAAAAAAACAACUAUUUGCUCAGUAAAAUCAGCAUUUUUAAUUUCCUUUAAAGCUAAAUGUAUAAAUCAUAUAUUUAAACUGCUGUUUUUAAAUUGGAUUAAGAUCGUUUGUAUGUCUAAUGUUUCCUCCGUGCCUGAGUUAGAAUUUUUUUAAGGGAGUCGGGAUGAUUUUCAGUUAUGAGGACACUAAGACUCUUAAGCUGUCAAUGAUUCGUUGAGGGGAUAAAUCACAGCCUCCGCCAGCAGUACACUGCAAAUGUUGAACAUUUAAAAGUCUCAAAGAUGUUUUCUGCCUGCAGGCUUUGCAUGAGUACCCCGAUCGGUAUGUCAGACCUGCAUUGACAUAGCGCUGUCUCCGGUUGCCCCUCGCUGACUCUAAACUCCUCACAUUCACUUUUUUUUCAUUGUAAGGAGUUGCUGUUUGUAUUAUGAAACAAAUUAUUUUUAUUUGUCUUUAUUGUUUGUAUAAAAAAGUGCAGUAUUUUUCAGAUGUAAAUUAUGCUUGUUUGGUAAGAUUGUUUGCAGAUUUUUUUUAGGUCUUCAUAAAAUUAUUUUUGGUAUAUGCUAGUGUGUGUUUAUGUAUUUAAAUGCA